CCGAUCUAUGGUUGUGAUUGUCAAAAUUUUAGUAAAUUUUGCCCGCGUUCUUCGAAUUUAUUCACAUUAAUGUAUAAAACAGAAUUGCAUUGAGGUCUCAAAAAUGUGAUUUGCUGUAAAAUUGGUGAAUCGUCGAUAUAUUAAUAUAAUUUAAACACUUAUGUCGAAAUCAAAACAACCUAACCUAAAAGUUUGUUUACAUUCAAGAAAUGAAAACGGUGCCCCAAAGGAAGCCUAACAUGAGCCUAGGUGUGUUGCAGCAAAGCACAAAAAUGCCUGAAGUAACAGUAAUUAAGCACUUUCAACCGAAUCCUGCCCGAGAAACAAAAGGGCAUAUUCCUGAAGUUAAAUGUUCCGAACACCUUCCUGAGGGUAGUCGAUACUUACAUCUACACCCAGUAUUUAAAUUCGUAGAUAAUUUUCUAAGUUCUUCUGCUGAAAAUAACAAGACUCGUGCUUAUGUUAAUGGAAAAUCUUGUGUAAAGUUUAACAACAAAUCCACUUGCUGUCCAACAUACGCCGUUUCCAAUUCAUAUGUCAAAAACCUCGCAACGAAGAAAUCAAGAAUGCCAGCAUGUCUUAGUCAAAAACAGGACAGAAUUAAGACAAACUUGUGUAAUAUGAGCAGUAGUAGCAAUAUUAGAGUGUCUUUACGCCCCCCUCGGUGCACACCGUGCGUUCAUGGAAUUGCACCAUCUCCUAGUUCAAGAGAAACCGAAACCAAAUUACAGAAACCAUGUGUUGAUUUUUACAUUGAAGAAUUAAAAAGCGAAAUUAAACAAAACAAGCCUAAAAUUCAAGAACUGGACAUAAACAACGAUGAUUAUGUGAAAAAAUUAAAAGAGGAGCUGAUGGUUCAAAAGUCGCGAUGUUUGGACGACGCGAGGAACAUAAUCAACGACUUGCAAAAAGAAAUCUACAAUUAUAGACUUCAAGUAAAAGCAAGAUUUGCAUCGUCGUCAGAUACUCUAGGGGGUGACAAAACGCCAACGAAGAUUCGUCCUGCUUCGCCUCAAAGAAAGCAAAUCGGCGAUAAAGUAAUUUUUGAAUCACUUCAUUCUCCGGACGGAACAAUAGGGUCUAAACCGUGUGAGACGUUAUGGCGCUCAAAAGCGUCGUUUGCGUCCUCCACCGAUUUGGAUUCGGGUCAAGGAGCACCAGACAUAAAUUUCGAAGAGAAGCUCCAAGAAGCGAAUGUUUUGAUUGACAAAGUUAGAAAUGCAUUGAGAGAUAUUGGCAAGGGUAUACAUAAGGUUCCGGAACAAAAAAAGGUCCAAAGUCUACGUGACGCAAAAUUAAGUGGAAGAGAACUGAUAUAUGUGGUUCCAAAACCUAGCGAAGAUAAAAAAAAAGUUACGAAAGAAAUUAAAAAAAUCGAACAGAAGAAACAAGAACCUGCAGUGCCUGAGAGCGUUGUAAGAAAACUUGUAGAAGAGGCUAAAAUGAAAGCAAUUGAAGAGGAGAGGAAAAAAAUUAUAGAAGAAAAGAAAAAAAGAAUUGCACCAGAACCGAAGAAAAAUGACAGUCUUGUUGUUGUCAAAAAGCCAGCUGAGGUUAAAAAGGGGGAAGUUAGGAAACCAGAAUUGAUGAGAAAAGAGGAGCCUGCAAGUCCUAGACAGGUGUUCAUACCUAGGCCAACACUUGUUACAGAUCAUUAUGAAAAUUUAAGUGUUCAAACAGAUGUCUCACAAAGCAUGGAAAUUUUGCAAUCGAAACUAAAUGCCAUUACGGAAAUAUCAGAAACUGAUUUGACGUCGAAAACCGAGGCGAGGAAAACUGAACCGAAAUUUCCAGUUUCAACAACUGAAAGAGCUAGUAGCCCAAUAAACCUCAAACAACCGAAAAAACACCUCGACUCUGAUGUAUCAGCAGAAUCGGCUGCCGGGAGUUCAACCAGCGAUGUGGGCCGUUUCUUAAGUAUCGUAUUAGAAAGACAAUCUCAAAAUAGCAGCCUUGCCGUUGAGAAAACUCCCACAACUUCCAAGUCUAAAUCUCCAAUGCGAAACACCUCAUCUGAAAAAACAUCGAAGUUAUCAAUUCAUGUAAUGCCUCCUGUGGACAUUCCUAAAAGUUUAGUUAUGCAGAGGGUUCUCAGUUUGAGUAUAAAACCAACAGGAAGUGUUACUAAUCACAUUGCUAAAAAAGGACGGAAUGUCGGAUAUGAAGAAGUUAAAGUUCAUUUAUGUCCUGCUGAUUGUAGACUUCCGGAUGGAAGUUGUAAACUUGCGCAUGCUACUACUAGAGAUGAUACACAGGAAGAUUUAGUUUCUUGUAGUCAGUUUUGUAAAAAUGCGCCUAGUACUACUAAAGAAGAAUUAGCUUCUUGUAGUCAUCCUUUACAGGGGAUUUAUGAACCCAAUUUAUAUCGAAGACAAGCGCCAAGUGGGCAUAUUUUAUCAAAAGAGUCUGACAUUAUUAACCCAACUGCAAGUAUUUUAUCUAAAAGUCGAAGGCCUUCGGGGUUAACAGAAGAUGCAUUAAUUUUGUUCAGAUCGUUUCAAAUUUUAGACGAAGCACCGAAAGAUUCACAACUUUCGUUAUCAACCAUAACUCGUAAAAGGGCCAGAAGUAUUUCAGAGACUGAUAGAAAGUAUGAUAGACCAGAACGAAUACCUGUUUCAGCAAAAUGUUGUUCAUCUCGUGAGGUUGUUAAACCGGAUAAAGAACUUCCACAUCAUUAUAUACAUGAGAGAUCCCCAUGGGAUUUUGGUUUUUAUCAGACAAAAUCCACACAAUGUAGUAGAACUUCAUUACCUAAAGAUAUGUCUCAAAAACCGAGCGAUUCGGACGAUAUGCCAAAAUCUAGUUCUUUUGAAUUCUCCCCACGAUCGCCCACUUCGCAACGAAGCAGUUUGGAAGAAGAACCAGAAGAACAUGAGGGAAUAAGAACUCCUUCAGAAGAAUCAGUCGCUUUACCUAAGAGAGCGAUUCGAUCGACUAUUGAUCUGUCAGAAAGGAAUGGUGUUAGGAAAAGUCAAGAAUCUGCAUCUGCAUCUGUGUCUGCAUCGGUGCAUCCUUUGGAACCUCCAGUUAAAGACCAACAAGACGGGCCUGCCUAUAACAUGAGUGAUAUUUUAAAUUUAUUGAAUGAACAACAGGCCCAAGAUGUUACUAGUAUCAGCCAGUCAAUAGCAAGUCCAGCUGAACAAGAACCUCAUAAACGUAAGAGAUCUUCAAGUUCUAGAGAAAUCAAGAAUUCUGAUAGCAGCAGUAGCAGUAGUACGAGUGGGGAACAGAAGAAAGACAAAAAGAAAGACACCAAAAGGAAUUCUGCUAGUAGUAGUAGCAGUAGCAGUAGUUAUUCUAAUGCUGGUUCACCACCUCGGAUCAGUCCUAUGAAUUUAAUAACAUCACCAAGUGGAUUAAUACGUUCUCGUGAAGCGUCAACAACUCGCAGUAAGGAGAGUUCAGUUCACACCGUUAAAAGUAUUAAUGAAGCAAAAGUAAGUGUCCUAGUUUCAAAACCUGAAAUCGAUGAUAAAAAAUUAAGUGAUAAGUUACCAACCCUUGAAACUGACAGUUUCAAAGAUACGAAAUCGCAAAGUUCCAGUGGAAAAACGGGGAGAAAAACCGAUAAAAACAUCCAAGUUUCUUUAUCACCUGAAGAAUCUUCAUCUUCGAGUAGUGAAGAAGAACCAAAAGAAGAUUCAAGUACUGUGGCUUGCUUCAUAAGAGGAUUAACCGGAACAUCGGAAGAACAAUUAAAUAAACUCAAAAGUACUGCGAGUUUCCCAAAAUCAGACCCCAGUACUUGGUCUGCAGUUAAACUACCCACAAUGAAAGAAGAACUAAAUAAAGAAAUAAGCGAUCUAUCUUUGCUUGAAGAGACAAAAGAAAAAGUGGUGGGAUCAACCGAGUACACCGAUAGUCCAGAAAAUCCGGGGAAUCCAUCCACAGUGUCAACUCUGUCUGAAGUAACGAAAAUGAAACGUCUGCAACAUUUCCAAAAGAUGGCACAAGAUGCCUUGCAUUUGGAGAAGAAAUCAAAUGAGAAAGACGUUUUUAUGAGUCUAGUUCAACCAAAAGGCGAAGCUGGGGAAGGAAUGGAUCGCACUUUGCGAACUGGGAGAAAUUUGCCGUUUUACCGACGAGUUUUAGGUCGAAUUCUUGAACCGUCAAGAAAGAUGCAAACCUCACAAAGUGAUCCUACGGCAAAUCCUCUUGAUGAAUCUAUUUCUGAAGGGGAAAUUAAGUGUAGGAGUGCGAGUAUAGGGGAAAUAAGGCCGGUGAGGUAUGCUCUUGACAGGAAAAAGCUCAGUAAAGGGGUGAUGAGAUAUACAAGGAAAUAUGAUGAUCUUGGGGAUAAGCCGUGGAGAAUAGCGAGGCAAAGAACGCAGUAUAAUCAGUGGGUUUCGUAUUAUUUGCAAAAGCAUCAUAAUGUGUCGUUUAAUGAUAGUACUUCUACGUCGCUUGUUAGUAGUAAGAAGUAAAUUUGAAGUAUUGUUAAAUUUGGUUGUGCAAGAAUUGUACAAAUAUACUUUUUCACUAUUUUGCUGUUUUGAUUUAACAAUCGAAGAAAAAAAUAAAAUACCUUUCAUUUGA